AUGAGUGCCUACCUGGAGUACAGACAAGUGCUUGGAGACUGGCUAAUACUUGCUUUCCUGAGCCCCGCAGCCUGGGCUGAGCUGGGCGGCAGUGUCGCCGCCGUGUGGACACGGAGCGCCUCGUCGAGCCCCGCCCCGCUCUCCCCGCCCCACCCGCUCUCCCUGCCCUGCUCUCCCCGCCCUUCCCGCUGCCACCGCCCCGCUGCUGCCGCGCCGGGUCCCCGCUCCGCCCGCCGAGCCCCGCCCCGCCCGGCACCGGGAGCGCCGGGCCGUGCCGGGCACCGAGUGGCGCCGCUGGCGUGGUUCCCCCGGCCCCUCUGCAGCGCGGAGCGGCGCCGGCCCCGGAGCGCUGGAGGACGCCUGGUCAGUUUCAGACUGUGCGUGCAGAAGCGCUGGGCUCAGAAACACCUGCCCCUACUGGACAGCCUGCCACCUCCGGACACCCCGCCGAGCCACAGCCCAACUCCAGGAGCCGGGCUCUCUGCCGGAGACGCUGCACUGCCACCUCUCCGUUCCAGAUGGUUACGGGAGAAGAACACCAACUCACAGCCACUCUCCCGGGCCGCUCAAAUCUGGAGCCUGGAGCCCCGCAAGGCCCCCCCGGACCCCCCCAGACCCUCGCGGGACCCCCGACCCUGGAGCCCGGAACCCCCUGCACUCCCCCCGAACGCGGAAUCCUCACGAUGCUGCUGCUGCCGUCGGCUCCAUCGCGACACAGCCCAGCGAGACCCGCUCCGUCACCACCCUGUCUGUCGCCACACCGUCCGUCGCGACUCCCCCUGUCGCGACACUUCCCACCGCGCCCUGCCUCGUGCCGCCCCUCUCUACCGAGACCCCCCCCAGCGCUGCCCGCAGCCCCCCAGGCGCCGCCCGGGCUGGGGAGGGGUCGGGAGCCGGGGCAGCCCCCGCUCGCCCCCGGGCUGCUGCUGCCCCUGCAGGGGGGGCUGCGACAUGAGGAGGGGGCUCUGAUGGGGGGGACCACCCCCAAUAAAGGCUGUUUAUUCAA